AAUGCGGGUUCGCGGGUAAAUCAUGCAACCUUCACCAAAAGCUUGGAUCUUUGGGGAACCCUUUAUGUCGGGCCUGGAGUACCAAGUUUAUGAGUUGCCCAGAUUAAUAUUACAGACGCUUUCAAGCUUAUGAAUCCAGUUUUGCAUCGUCGCAUUGAAGUUGAUAUUGUGCUUUUUGUGCAGUCUGCACUCAACUUUUUCAAUCGAGUCGUAUUGAUAAUUUUCUUUUUUUGACUAGAAUUGUGAGUCAUGGAAGUUGAAGAUGCAAGCGAACCGCCGAAGAAAAAAUUAAAACAAGCCAAGCUCUCAUUUUGCUUUACCUCACCAAGAAAUAAGAGGAAGCUCAGUGAGCCGUUAUCUGAAGAUGGGAAGGCUUUGAAAAUUGUCUGCAAAGACAAUGACAGAGUGACAGACGAGAAUGUUGUUAAGAAUCAUGACGUGAAGUCUGAUUCUGAAAAUAAAAAUCCAAAUGGUGAACAUGCUGAUAAAACUGAAUUAGGUGUGAUAUACAUUGAUGAUAGCAAUGAUCACGAAGAAAAUAACAAAGAAAAUGGAGAUAGUCAUGAAAAAUCUACAUCGGAAGGAAACGGUUUUCAGUUGCGCCUUUCAUUUGAACAAGAGAAAAGUGAUGAUGUAGACAGCAGUAAUGGUGAACAUCCUGUUAAAACCGAAUUAGAUGCGAUAUACAUCGAUGAUAGCAAUGAUCACGAAGAAAAUAACAAAGAAAAUGGAGAUAGUCAUGAAAAAUCUACAUCAGAAGGAAACAGUUUUCAAUUGCACCUUUCAUUACACGAGAAAAGUGAUGAUGUAGACAGCAACGGUGAACAUUCUCAACAAGCGAAUAACAUAAACAGAACACAGGAUAGUGAAAACUGUAAAGUAGAAGACAGCAACGAAAAAGAAACAGAUAAUGCAGGAAUUGAAGGAGAAAAACUUGGCUGUGUUGAAUUGAACGAAAAUAACGAUGCUUUAAACGAUUCGACACUUGUAGAUGUAAACAACGAAAGCUUUAAUGUAACUGGUAACGAGACCUUUGAAAUGAGUGAUUCUGGUACAUCACCAAUUUCUGAAUCGGACAAGGCAAACUUUUCGAAUCAGGAAAAGAUAAUUUCCCCAAAGCAAAGGCUCUUAUUAGAAAAGAAAAAAGAAAAAGAAAGAUUAAAGGAGGAAAGAGCAAAACAAAGGGAAGAAAAACUGAGAAAGAAAAUGGAAGAAGAAGACUUAAAAAGGAGGAAGAAAGAGGAAAAACUAAAAAAACGAGAGGAAGAACAAAGAUUGAAGGAGGAAGACAGAAAGAUGAAAGACGAAGAAAAGAAGAAAAAAGUGGACGAAAAGAAAAGAAAAGAGGAAGCUAAGGAGGAAGAAAAGAGAAAGAAAAAAGAAGCCAAGUUGGUAGAAGAACAGAAAAAAGCUCAAGCUCAACUCGCAUUUUCUAGCUUUUUCAUUCCCAAGAAAAGUAAAUGUGAUAAUGAACAGGUAGAAAAAUCAGAAGAGGUAGAACCAUCGUCAAAAUUCAUGCCAUUUUCGAUUAAGCCAGACAUGAGGUUGGCAGGUGAAAGGCGAGCUCCCUUAUCACCGAAUACCAAACGAAAGUUGGAUGAAAUUAUUGCAUAUGAUAAAAUGGCAGAUAAGAGUCAAUUAUACCUUAGUAAAUUGAAAAAUGGAUAUGUGCCUUCAACAACUCAGCCUACAUGGCAUUUAUCAGAUGAACAACAUGAUGUUAUUAUUAUAGAGUCAGAUGUUAUUGAAAAUGAAGCAGUAGUCGAGGAUCAUUCUGGAAAGAAUAAAUUUAAAAUGCAUAAGGCAAAGCUUUUCCAGUUUCAUGACAACAGGCGUCCUCCUUAUUGGGGUACAUGGCGAAAAAAGAGUACAGUUAUCAAACCUAGGAAUCCUUUGAAUAAGGAUAAGAAUAUGGAUUAUGAAGUUGAUUCUGAUUCUGAAUGGGAAGAUGAGGGCGAAGGAGAAGAUAUUGGGAACGAAGAUGCCGAUUCAGACAAAGAACCAAGUGAUGAUGAAAAUGUUGGUGAAAAUGGCUAUGUUCUUGACAACAUCUUCGUUCCGCAUGGUUAUCUCAGUGAUGAGGAAGCAGCUGAUGAGGAAAUCUUUACGCCAGAAGACCAAAAGUUGAGGAUGCAGGUGCUCAAGAAAGAAUUUGACGAAGAGAUGAAGACAAAGACUGAAAGACUGAAACCACGCUUGUUGGGAUGUGUGUGGAUCAGUAAUGAAACAACUGAAGUUAGCAAAGGAAGUCUUUAUACAUCACUUCUAAACCACCGAGCUGUUUGGGAUGAAGAAAAGGGUUCCAUUGAUGUUUCCGUGUCGGAAGGUGUAGAGAUUCCCUCUUCUCCUCAGUCAACGAGUAAAACUAAAAAAUUCCCUCAAGAAGUGUUGGAUUUGUUAGUAAAAUUUGUACAUGGGAACAAUUUGCCUUUAUCGAAGUUGUUACUUGAAUUCACAUCGAAAAUUGAAAAAGACCUCCCGACAGUUUAUGUUUCAAAAAAUGCACUGACUCGCAAAGUACGGGAAAUAGCUUCCAAGAGUCGCGAUUUCAAUAAAAGUCCAUGUUGGGUAGUCAAUACGGAGCUGCAAGCCAAAUAUGGAUUGCAGAGCGUUGAUAUAGUUCCUGAAAAUCAGACUCCCCCAGCAGGGAAGAGUAUUUUUUCAUAUCUGAAAAACAACCCGUCAUCAUCAAAAACACCACGUGUGAGAAAACGAGCUGCAUUAACAACUAUAAAAGACCCAGAAGAUACUCUUAAAGGACAUGAAAAAAUUGACCCGGCUACUCCCGUCAUCAAGAAAAAGAUUCCAUUUGUGACUAUAACACGAACUCCGGAUUUCAUUGGUAAGCCCCCAGUCCAUGUGGACACCCCACGCCCAGUUCAUCCGUUUUUCAAGGUUUCUCAGGAAAAAGGUCUCUCUUCUAAGGCAUCACAACCAAUUGCAAUUGCCGAAACGUCAGACAAGGAAGAGUAGUCUUCAUAAGUGCCAAGACUCACAAACUUUUGUCCAUUAGUAUUAGAGAAACUUAAUUUUGAAAUUUGAAGGCUAACGGUUUUGGCAUUUAUGAAUUUCAAGUCAA